GAGCAAAAGAAGGUUAGACUUGCUGCUAUGGAAUUCGUUGACUAUGCCUUAGUUUGGUGGGAUCAGUUGGUGAUUUCAAGAAGACGAAAUGGUGAACGCCCCAUCACAACUUGGGAAGAAAUGAAGGCUAUUAUGAGAAAAAGGUUUGUUCCUAAUCACUAUCACCGAGAUCUCUAUCAUAAGUUACAAAAUCUGAAACAAGGAAGCAAGAACGUUGAAGAUUAUUUCAAGGAGAUGGAGAUUGCCAUGAUCCGAGCCAAUGUAGAUGAAGAUAGAGAAGCAACAAUGGCAAGGUUCUUAUCUGGUCUAAAUAUUGAUAUUGCUAACCUUGUUGAACUUCAGCAUUAUGUAGAAAUUGAAGAGAUGGUGCAUGUGGCCAUGAAAAUUGAAAGACAACUCAAAAGGAAAUCAUACACUAGGAGCAGUCCAAAUUCGGCCACCAAAUGGAAGCAAGAACCUAUUACCUUCCGGAAACAAACUCCAAUCCAACUAAAGGAACGCGCAGAGAUACCCAAAUCUGCACAAAUGGGCGAAUCUAGCAAGGGUAAAGAAAAGCAAACCAGCACUUUCAAGAGAUUAAGAGACAUCAAAUGUUUCAAGUGUUUUGGAAAAGGACAUGUUGCUAGUCAAUGUCCCAACCGAAAUGCCAUGAUGGUACUUGACAAUGGAGAUAUUGUAUCAGAUUCUGAUGAGCCUAUUUUUGACGAGAAACCUGAAAUAAUACAAGACGAAGAAACGGAAGAAAAUGCAGAUCAUGGUGAAAUGCUUGUUUCAAAGAGGUGCCUACAAUCACAAACAUCCCAAGAGGAUAUUCAAAGAAACAAUAUCUUUCAUACAAGGUGCCAUGUCAAGGAUAAGGUUUGCACAAUGAUCAUCGAUGGAGGAAGUUGCACAAACGUAGCCAGCACUCUUAUGAUUGAAAAACUUGGAUUGGCAACGUCAAAGCAUCCUACUCCGUAUAAACUCCAAUGGCUCAAUGAAGGAGGUGAGUUAAAUGUUACCAAACAGGUUCUAAUUCCUUUUUCAGUUGGUAGGUACAAGGACGAGGUGCUUUGUGACAUUGUCCCUAUGCAUGCUAGCCACAUUUUACUUGGGAGACCAUGGCAGUAUGAUAAAAGGGAAUUUGAGGAUAUGUUUCCUGAGGAAAUUCCCGAUGGAUUACCACCGAUUAGAGGAAUUGAACAUCAAAUUGAUUUCAUUCCUGGAGCCACCAUUCCUAAUAGACCAGCAUAUAGGAGUAAUCCUGAAGAAACAAAGGAAUUGCAAAAACAAGUCAAAGAACUCCUAAACAAAGGUUACAUUCGAGAAAGCUUAAGUCCAUGUGAUGUUCCCGUUUUAUUGGUACCAAAGAAAGAUGGAACUUGGAGAAUGUGCGUGGAUUGCUUUAUUGUAAGUUCACAGGGAUUAUCAGUGGAUCCAGAGAAGAUUAAGGCAAUACAAGAAUGGCCAAAACCGGUUAAUGUCAGUCAAGUUCGAAGUUUCCAUGGAUUAGCCAGCUUUUACAGAAGGUUUGUACCAAACUUUAGUUCCAUUGCUGCACCCUUAACAGGGAUUAUUAAGAAGAAUUCAAACUUCUCUUGGGGCAAUGAACAAGAUAAAUCUUUCAACGAACUCAAAGAUUGUUUGACAAAGGCCCCAUUACUAGUCUUGCCAAACUUUGAGAAAACAUUUGAAGUUGAAUGUGAUGCUUCCGGAAUUGGAAUUGGUGCUGUUCUAAGUCAAGAAGGAAAACCCAUUGCCUAUUUUAGUGAAAAACUAAAUGGUGCAACUCUGAACUAUCCAACAUAUGACAAAGAGAUGUAUGCACUCAUUCGAGCAUUGGAAACUUGGCAGCACUAUUUAUUGCCAAAGGAAUUCGUGAUACACACUGACCAUGAAGCAUUAAAGCAUAUCAAAGGACAACACAAACUCAACAAGAGACAUGCCAAAUGGGUUGAAUUUCUUGAGUCUUUUCCAUAUGUCAUCCACUAUAAGAGAGGAAAGGAUAAUGUCGUGGCAGAUGCUCUUUCACGCAGGUAUCAUAAUGGAUAUCUUUUCAAAGAAGGACGAUUAUGUAUUCCACAAGGUUCCAUAAGAGAAGUGUUAACCAAAGAAGCACAUGAAGGAGGAAUCAUGGGACACUUUGGAGUUGAAAAGACUCUUAACAUUCUGAAAGAACACCUCUUUUGGCCAAAGAUGAAAAGGUAUGUUGAAAAGGUAUGUGAAAGGUGUUUAGUAUGUAAAAGGGCAAAUCAAGAGUUGCCUCAUGGAUUAUACAUGCCUUUGCCAAUACCAACCAUGCCAUGGAUAGAUAUUUCAAUGGACUUUGUUUUAGGUUUACCAAAAACAAAGAGUGGGAAGGAUUCAAUAUUUGUGGUGGUUGAUCGUUUCUCCAAAAUGGCUCACUUUAUACCAUGUCACAAGACUGAUGAUGCUAUUUUUGUUGCCAACUUAUUCUUCCGAGAAGUGGUAAGGUUACAUGGACUUCCUCGAACUAUUGUGUCAGAUAGAGAUGUUAAGUUCCUAAGUCAUUUUUGGAGGACUUUGUGGAGUAAAAUAGGCACACAACUGCUAUUCUCUACUACAUGUCAUCCUCAAACGGAUGGUCAAACUGAAGUAGUUAAUAGAGUUUUAUCAACGCUACUACGAUCCAUCAUCAAGAAAAAUAUUAAGACAUGGGAAGAAUGCCUACCACACGUGGAAUUUGCAUACAACCGAACCAUUCACUCGGCAACUAAACAUUCUCCAUUUGAGGUAGUGUAUGGUUUCAACUCUUUAACUCCUUUGGACUUACUUCCUUUACCUUAUGUUUGGGUACACUUUAGGAAGGAAAGAUUCCCAAACCAAAGGAAGUCUAAACUAUUACCCUGAGGAGAUGGUCCAUUUCAGAUUAAAGAAAAGAUCAACGACAAUGCCUAUAAAAUU